AUAAUCUCUUGUUCGGAGAGAGCAGGUGCAGCCCUGGCUGUCUGGUAAUAGUCAUCACGGAGCGUCACUGAAGGGGGAGCAAUCAGGGCUCGGUGGAGAGUAUAAAUGAGAGGAGGCUGCUCCACAGAGCUGGGGAACUGAGCACCAGGCUCCUGGGCCCGCAGGAGAGGAGCCAGUUUCCCUUCCGGCUGGAGAUGUCUGCCUGGGAGCCCGCGAGGCUCUGCUGGAGCUCCCGCCACGGCAAAUGCGCCCGAGACGUCUUCGCUUCCGUGGUGACGCCCGACCGCAUCCCGCAGUUCAUCAUCCCCUCGCUGGCCAUUCAGGAGGAGCACAGGCUCUUCCGCAAGGGGAAGGAGCGGCCGUGGAGGCCAGGCGCGGGGCAGCCCGAGUGGAAGGCCAGGAGGAGCAGCUCGGACCCCGCCAUGAAGGACGGGCGGGCCCUGCGGGGCCCCGUGCCGUGCUGCUCCAGUGCGGAGCUGGCCGCCCGGGUGGAGGAUAUUCCAGACCCCGUCGCCCGGGCGGCCCUGUCCCUGCCCCACUUGCCCAAGAUCACCACCCCUUAUGGUUUCGUCACCCUGGGGGAGAGCCCCCAAGUGACCAACGAGGAGGCCUUGUUUUUCCACUUGGACUUAGCGCCCUCCAGGUGUCCUGGUGCCACCCGGGAGCAGCCGGGGAACUGCCGAGACUCUGGGGCACCCAUCGCCCACACGGCCGGUCGCUCCCAGAGGGGCGGCUACUUGACAGACUGCAGGCUGCACGGUUCCCAGCAGCCCAGUGGCAAGGGUAGAAAAGGGAGCCAGGGCCGUGAUCAACCAGCCAGGCCCCCCUUGCCCAGAAGAAGUUCCAGCCCAAUACGAGGCAGCCGGCUCACAGACGUGCUGGGGGGCACAGAGGCAGAGGACGCAGAGGGCAAGCAGACGUCUCUGCCCUUAGAAACGGUCUGUCAGAGGAGCUACUCCAGCCCAGGGCUCCCUGCCAAGACCAAGAGGAACUUUUUCCAAAGGAUCCUGAAGAAGCACGUUGCACACCUCAGACAUCUCAAAUUUAGACAUUUCCCUCUGCAUUGAUCUUGUGUAGCAGCCCCUGGGAACCAGGGCCUGCCAGGGGGUGUAUUCCCCAAUGCCAUGAAAUUCUACCCUGUGGCUGGGCAUCUGGACAUAUACACGAGAGAUCUGGACAUUUUAUUCUACCCUCAAAUGUGAAAAUGGUGCAAGGAGCUGGCUGAAGUGCGUGCACUGCUGCCUUCUGCUGGGGGUGGAGGGAAUCAGAACUGCUCUGCUGCGUGUCAUAGGCCCUACACUGCCAGCAGUUCACUGAGAUUCUCUUCAGCGUGAGGGGUGAGUCCUGUGUAGGGAGAUACCUUCUCUCCUUGCUGUUGUUGUGGCGUGCAGCCCAGUGACAGCGCUGCAGCCCCAGGGGGCGGUAGAUUUGAUCGCAAUGCCGUGUGUCUAUAUAAUGGUGGAGACUUUUACUCUGUGCACAAGUGACUUUUCUCCUUUAGUGUCUGUCCUGCCGCUUGUGUAUCAAUAAAGUAUUUUUGCACCAACUCAGCUCUCCUGCCAUGUGAUGUCUGUGCCUUGCAGUGUACAGCGGGUCCCUUUGCAAUCAGUGCAACGGUCUCUGUAGAAGAAAAGAGAGUCGUGUUCUUGCCACCCGUUGGCCGAAUGCAAAAACCACUGGCAGGAUGCGCGUCAAG